AAUGCGGCCCUGCAAAUCUGUAAUGUUGCACAGAAAAAACGACAUUCUGAAGGACGCCGCAAUCCGCUUGUUGGCAGCACUCCCAAAUAUUUCCUGGCUGAUACCAGCACCCAAUACUAUCGCGUUUGGCAUUGUGAUGAUGUAUUGAAAUACGAGAUUGUGACAGUGCCCGGGGAAACUCCUGUAUGAGUUCGACAAUUCGCACAUUCUCACUGCGACAUUCAAUUAUCGCCUCAGCACAUCCUGUAGUGACAAGGAGAGCAAUCGCCCUCACACUUUGAACCCGAGUUCUUGACUAAAGAAACAUAUUACGAUAUAUUUCCAAUAGAAUACGCUUUCGACCUUUUAGAGGCCGACAAGAUGAGCUCAGAGCCCUCGGGCAAGGAUCAUUUGCGCUUUUCGCCCAUCCACGCCGACGACCAUGCUGGGUACCUCUGGAUCAUCACCAUCUUGGCCACGAUUUACAGCUUUCUGGCGGCAAUCUUGAGGGUUCAUAUAAAAUGGGGCAAACACGGCAUCGACGACUACUUGCUCUUAUCCGCCACGGUUGUGAAACUAGCACAGUCAGCCGUCGUCUUCUACGGGUUAAACAAUGGUCUUGCCAAGUUCAACUCAAUCACCACUGAGUAUCAGUGGCAACUAUCUGGGAAGUCCUUCUUCGCUGUCGAGCUUCUUUCAAUACUGGCACUUUGCCUGGCCAAGUGUUCGGUUAUCGCCCUCAUGCUCCGUAUGUUUGCCAUCAAGAUGUGGAAAAAUUUACUUUGCGCUGUAUUAUUAUUCUUAGCUGCCGCAUGGGGAGUUGGAUCCAUCAUUGGGUUGGCAAUCAAUUGCAGUGCAGUGGAUAUCUUGACUGAUAACAACACUCAGUGCCCUCAGCAGUAUCUUCGUUGGAAAAUCAUCACAGCCAUCGACAUCAUCACCGAAUUACUGAUCUGCCUCCUCCCCAUCGCGCUGGUGUGGUCUCUUAACAUGUCCUUUAACCUGAAAUGUCAAGUUUUUACUGCGUUCAGCUUUCGAAUUCCCCUGAUCGUCGCCUCGGCGUUGCACCUAGCCUACUUUAAGAAGUACCCUACCUCCGCCGAGCCGCAGUUCGAUAUCACCAAUAGUCUCCUCAUUCAACAAGUUAUGCUGACGUGGUCCCUUAUUUCGGCCACUAUACCCAAUCUCAAAAGCUUUAUGAUGUCUUUCUCUAUGAUUCUGAGCUUUCAGAUAAAUAUGAGGACCGGCGACCAGAGCUCGAACAACACCUACACCUUGCGAUCGUUUCGGCGCGGUACCAAGGCAAAAACAACGUCCCGUAGCGACGGGACGUUGUCUAGUCGAGAGAGAAGUUUUCGGAAAGAUGACAAGGAUAGGGAUAAUCAGGAGCUUAAACUCAGACCGGAUGGGCUGGAGAACAUGGUAACAGUCGUCCACUCGAGUGAUACCACGGGACAUGAAAUUUACAUGACGAGGAAAGAUAGCCAGGAGUUGAUUAUCAAGCGGGAUGUGCAGUGGGAUGUGUGCCAUGAGCCAUGGUGAGAGAUAGCCGUCGCGUAUUUUUGGAACACUUUGGGUUUAGACUAUGCACACGAUCUCAUGUAUUUGUUGCUUCUCGGAGGAGUGGGAUCAUCCUAUUCCCGUCACUUGACGCGGUAUCUCAUUUUUUACUCUCUACCCGGCAUGGACCAUGGCUUGAAUCUUGUGA